GGCCUCAACAAUCCUGAUGCACUCGAUCCAUGCGAGUCCUAGGACCACGAUCGACAUUAGUUCUAGGAAAUCUGUUGUGAGAGGACUUUUCCCUGCCAACCAUAGUCCUAGGUUGGCUCCUCGAGGUGGUUUACGUGGGAGGUGAGGUGUAUGACUGAGAAGAGCAAGCCGAAUCUGAACCCAUCCCCGAAAUCGAAAUCAAAGGUUAGCACCGACUUCACGGAUUUAUUCGCAUUCAGCGGGCCUGCGCCAGAGAGGAUCAAUGGCAGACUCGCGAUGACUGUUGCGGUCGAACUAUCCAAAUGCAAGGUCUUGUUCGCUCAGAUCAGUGAAGGUGGCAUCCCAUGGUUCAUAGGGGCAAGCAUUCUGCUCUCGGUCGCAUAUCUUGCUCCGCUGUUUCAAGGAGUCAUGGCUGAGUCUAAGCCGGACGGGUUGAUGACUUCCGAUGCCGAGUUGUGGAAUGGAAGGUUGGCGAUGUUGGGACUGGUCGCACCGACCUUCACGGAAUAUGUCAAGGGAGGAACACUUGUGUAGGGCUUCGCAAU